GUCGUGACGAUUCUCUGACGUCAGGCCGACGAACGGAAGUGGUGCAGAUCGCGUCUCCUGCUCACCUAAUCCGUUGCGAUGAUGCAAAAUGUCUCUAAAUCUGACCCCAAGAAGUAACCUGGUCUUAAAUAUUUAAAACACACAUUUUCUAAUUAUUAACUGUACUUUCUCCUCGUCGCGUGCUCCGAGAUGGAUCCGUCCAGGAGGAGCGAGAGUGACUGGCAGGGUCUUCUAAACGAGUUCCUGAUUUGUAAGCGGAAGUUGGAUAGUAAGAAGGAGGCUCUCCUGAUCCUGUCUAAAGAGCUGGACACCUGUCAGCAGGAGAGAGAUCAGUACAGACUAAUGGCCAACCAGCUCCGAGAGCGACACCAAGGACUCAAGAAGAAGUACAGAGAACUCAUUGAUGGAGAUCCCUCUCUGCCUCCUGAGAAGAGGAAUCAAGUGAAUUUGGCCCAGCUGCUGAGAGACUCCAGAGAAAACAACAGUCAACUUUCAGAAGAGGUGAAGGAGCUGAAACAAAGACUGCUGGAAGCUCAGGGAGAUAACAAGCUUCUACGAAUGACAAUCACCAAACAGCGGCUGGGAGACGAGGAGGUCGGCGCCCGACACUUUCCUGCACAUGAACGAGAAGAUCUGGUCAAACAAUUAGAGAGAGCGGGAGAGCAGAAUGAGGUUCUGGAACACAGCGUGAAGUCUCUUACAGACGAGCUGCAGGACGUUCGAGCGGAGCGGGAUGUGUUUCAGCAGAAGGCUCAUCGUCUCAACGUGGAAAUGAACCACAUCGUGGGCAAUGACGACAUUCGGAUAGUUGACAUAGACGCACUCUGUAUGGAGAACAGGUAUUUGCAUGAACGGUUCGGUCAGCUUCAAGAAGAAAUCAACUUGCUGAAAAAGAAUCUGACAAAGUACAAGAGCGCCCUGGAGUGUCGAAAAAACUCCAAGAUCAGUGGGAAAGCAAACAGCAGUGCGCUCACUGGGGUGCUGUCUGCUAAACAAGUGAAGGAAUUGUUGCUGUCAGAAGAAAAUGGCUGCAGUCUGCCGGUGACUCCACAGUCAAUCUCAGACCUCAAGUCUCUGGCCACAGCUCUGCUGGAAACCAUCCACGAGAAGAACAUGGUGAUUCAGCACCAACGCCAGAUCAACAAGAUUCUUGGAAACCGAGUCGCAGAGCUGGAGACCAAACUAAAAACAUUGGAAAUGUCAGGGCUGUGGAGCCUGCCAGGCCUGACUUAUAAUGUGUCUCUGGGAAUAUAUGGAAAAGGAAAAGACUCCAUCAUCCUGAAUCCUCAGCAACCUGAGUCUCCAGAGUUGCCUGCACUGGAAGGUGAUGAAGUUUCUGAGAACAUAGUAGUUGAUGAGCAGAGCUCCACUGAAGUCUCAAACCGAGAGAGUGAACCUCUGGCGGUGUCAGACGAUGCAGAGGAGCUGAAAGAGAAGGCAACAUCAGCAUCCAUCACGACGGAGUGUCCACAGAGUUCCUCAAACCUGUCAGCUGAGGAAGAACCGGUCAGCAACCAGACAGAAACACCAGAAGAGGAGAGUUAUAACACUGAACAGUUACAGAGCACAACUUUACCAACUUUGAUGAGUGACGAAUCAAAAGAGGAGGAAUGUCAUGAUUCCCCACAAGAACUGAUAAAUGAGAACACACUCCAUGUGAUAGGACUUUCCCAUGAAGCUCUGGAGGAAUCAGGGAGAGGACGGAGUGAGUUUGAUGAAGCAGGGGAAGAGGUGGAAACUGUUGAAACUCAGUAUAUUCUAAUAGAGGGAAACAUCAGCAGCGAUGUGUCCACUGCUGCUGCGAGCUCUGCAGAAGAGCAGGAGGAUGUCGAGUCAAACCAGACAGCAGAGGUCUAUGAUGGUCAAGAAAGGGAAGGAUAGGAUGGACCAUAUAUUAUAAUGCUAAAUUAUUAUUUUUAUUAAAGUGAAUAAAAAAUCUGAGCUUUUAUAAUGAAAAAAAUCACAAAAAGCUUCAAAUUAAUCCAAGAAAUAUUUAUCAUGAAUAUUUUGUCAAUACACAUGAACUCUUUUUUAUCAUUCUCCACUGUAAAAGUAGGGAAGGUGAUGCAACAUAUGCAUCAACAAGUAUCAAUUCAAAGUCAUUGUUGGCUGAAAACACUCACAUUCUUCUUUUUGUAGUCCCACCCAUAAAACCAGGCCCAAAGUAUUCAGACAUCAGAGCAGAGCAACUUCUGUUAUAGCUUUCAGUAAAUAUGCUGCACAUAGACACAACUCUACUGGGAUGUUUUCAACAGAGCUCUGUUCGUCAUUUACACUAGAGCACAAGUGAGGUUGUGCAACAGCGUCUGGAUUGUCACUGUUGGUGUUGAAGUUAAUCUGGAAAUUGUUUGAUGGGCAUGCAGUUAAAGUUGUAAGAGCCUGCUCACUUCUUCCACUCCUGGCUGGGACAGAAAAUUAAAGGACCCUGCUUUGGGCAUGUUUUCUGUCAAAACAGGAAACGGUUGAUCUCAAACAGUUGUCACAAAGUUAGUAACUGCUCACUUGUGAAUGGAAAGUGGAGAAACAAGAUUGUUGUUAUAGGUAACAAAGAAAAAGAAAUGGAAGAGGAAUGUGGCUAAAUUAACUCAAAUAUAAAGGAUGGAGUGAUGACUGCUACCAGUCGACCAUGAACAUAAAGAUGUAAUGUUGCUCUGACACUGA